AUGGCGCCACAACACGUAGCAGCCCCGGAAGCAUCGAAUCUAGAACGCACCCAUAUUCUUCAGCAGAUUCUAGACCACAUCGAUGACUACCACGACGAAUUCAAUCUAGUCGACUUUUCUGCCCUCAAGGACGACGUACUCAAGCCAAUUCUUCAAGAAGCCUUCGAUCCAGAAGUCCAGAUUCGUGGUUUUCUCCGCGCGUUUCGACAGACCGACGCCUAUAAGGCUUCCUUCGAGCAGAUCCCAAGUGCUGAUCUAAAGAGCCAGAUCAAUUCUUUUGUUGGCGGUCAAAAUUCCAAAGAUGUGCUUCGUGGUGAAGAGUUUCAUCUCGUGUCGCACCAAAGUCCGCCUGUUGUUCAUCAUUUUUCUCUUUUGAACGCUUUGAAAGAGCUCUUCCUUGGGCCACUCGAAUUGAAAGCUGCUAUUAAAGAUUCUCUCCAUCCAUACCAUGCUCAUGUCAAAGACAUUCCCAUCGUGUUCGAAAAUGCUGAGAAGAAAGUUGUCGAGUGCUUUUCCAACGUCCCCUUCGAAAAUUGGGGCUCAUCCGUCCAGAAUACUCCACGAUAUACAUUCCUACCCCAAACGGUUGUCGGAGUCCAAAACGUUGUUCGCUUUAGCAAGUCCAAGAAUCUCCGAGUGAGAUGUGCAGGAUAUCGACAUAGCUGGUCCAGCACAUUCUCUGAAGACAGUCAAGUUCUCAUCUCGCUCGUCAAUCUGGAUACGGUGACCACGAUUCCGGACCCUAUGUCUAUCAUCCCAGGCGAGUACAACGCAGCUACGACACCGGAACUGAAGACGAUUGAGCUCAAAGAAGAAACUGGUCCUGGAAAGAGGCUUUGCCGACUUGGUGUCUCCGUAACGAACGAGGAAUUCCGACGUUGGUCCGUCGCGAACAAGGCUUGGGCGAUUCCCGUCGAUGUCAUCCUCGUUGAAGUCACCAUUGGAGGUGUGAACGGCCCUAUCUGCCACGGUGCAGGCAUCUCCCACAAGACUAUCUCCGAUUAUGUUCGUCGUGUUGAAUACGUUGACUGCAAUGGGGAGCUCCGCGUAGUUGAUGACUCAUACUUGAUUAAAGCCGCUGCUGGAGCAUUUGGUCUGCUUGGCGUCGUCACGCAUAUCACGAUAGAACUUGAUGCGAUGACCUACGCCAUAAUGCAACCUAUCAAAAUCGACGUUGGUCUUGCUGUACCCCCGGCAAGCCUCGAUCAAAUCCCCGAGGCCCUCCGAGAGAGUUGGUUCAACGAUUCCAACGCCCAGGAGAUAAUUGCCUCAGCAAAGAAGGACUUUGAAAGGCGUGCCACUGAAGACUACUAUAGCGAAUGGUUCUGGUUCACCUACCAGAAGAAAGCCUGGGUGAACACCUUCAACACUACCUCCGACCCUACCGACGCCAUCGAUUAUCCCUCCGACGCCAACACCUUCCUGCAAUGGAUCCAAGGCUGGCUCGGCGGCGUCAUCACCGGCGUACCCUUCUUCAACGCCAUCCCAGGCUACUGGCAGGCCCAACUCAUCGCAUCGCUCGGCAUGGCCGCCCUACCCCCGACCCUCGGCGAAAGCAAAACUCCUACAUAUAAGACACUACUGCCCAACGCGCUGCACUUCCGCCGUGGAGUCCAGAACAUGCGGGUGCGUGAUAUGGAAUUCCAGAUCCCGCUUCCACCGCGUGCGGACGAUGCAUCAAAGCCGGAUUUCAGCGUUGUACAGAAGGCGUGGUGGGAUGUCAUCAACUUAGUCUACGCUGCUGCGGACAACAAAGACGAUCCGUCAAGCCCCAUGCGGUUGACGCUCGAGCUCCGCAUCAUGGCUGGCAGCGACAUGCUGAUGGCGCCACAGCGCGAGAAUGAUCUCGGCACCGCUAGUAUCGAGAUCUUGACGCUUCCGGAUGCAGUGACGGAUGAUGAGUGGAUAGGUUUCUCACAGCGGGUCUGUGAUCUGUGGAUGAGUUACGGGAAUGUGCGACCGCAUUGGGCAAAGGAGUGGGAGGGCAUCAGGUUCAAGGGGAUGGAGGCGAGGCAGUAUAUGAGGGAAAUUGCGUACAAGAGUCAGAUUGCGGAGUUCAAGAACGCCUUGACGGAGAUUGGGAAAGGGCAAGACUGGGGCUUGGGGGAGCUGAGGGAGAGAUUUUCGAAUCCUCUUUGGGAUGAGGUCAUCUUCGAGGGCUGAGGGCAGGCUUGAGGAGCUUUGGUGGAUUGCAUACGGUCCUUCAUCGCUAUUUUUGCCGAUUUGAACGGUCAAGGCAUUGACAGUACACUGUCACUUUCUUUCGCUCGUCAUUUGCCUCUUCAAAAUCAGUAGCAUCUUAUUCCGUUCUCAGAAGUAC